AUGUUAAAACUUCGAGGCAUAAUAACAGGGAGUUAUGUGGUAGUAUUCUUGGCAACAAUUCCUCUGUUCUUACUUUUGAAAAUAUAUGCUCUGGUAGUUGGUUCAAAUCCAUUAGUUUCAUUCUUUGAAGACUAUAUUAUUAAACUGUACGGUUAUGUAUGGUUUACACUUGUUUAUUUCAGUUUCUUAUUUCUAUAUAUCCAAACAGAUUAUAGAAUAAGUAAUAAUAAAGUUCUAGAAUUUGUAAGGAAUUAUAGUUUAAAUACCUUAGUUUUCAUCACUACUCAAGUUUGGUUUUUUGGAUCACUGAUAUUUGAAAGAAUAAAUAUAGCCACUGGUGGUUCUUGUGCAGAUGAUUCAAUUCGUUCAGAAUAUUAUUGUAAGUCAAGUGGAUCAACUUGGACUAACGGAUUUGAUGCAUCAGGUCACUUUUAUUUCAUACUAUCAGUCAGUUUAAUUGUGUGGAGAGAAUUAUUAAAUCAUUUAGGUAUACAAUCUAAAAUACCCAUGGCCAACGGAGAUGAAUUAGAAUUUGACCAAGCUCCAGGAAAUAAUUCAGAAAUAGCGUCAGCUUCAUGGAAUAAUAAUCCAUACUUAACCAUAUACAAAGCAAUAGUCAUUGGGGUGGCGUUAACCUUCCUAUCUAUAUGGUAUUUCAUGUAUCUUAUCACUUGCAUAUUCUUCCAUACUAUUCCAGAAAAGAUCGUUGGCACAGCUGUAGGAUUAUUCAUCCCAUUACUAAUAGCAUAUAUAGAUUCAUACUAG